AUGUUCCCAAAUCCCUCCAACUUGGGUCGUCCACCCUUCCCUCCAAAACAUCAACAACAGAGUAAUCUCAUCAAUAAGCUUCCUCUAAAUAUACCGCCUACUCUUUCUCAGCAACAAAUUGUUGAUGCUCGGUUUAAUUUUCAGAAUGCUGCGGCUCUUUUGAGUGGGAACCUUGCAACUAUUCCAGCUGUUACACUGCAGCCAAUGACUUAUGGAAAUGGCAGUACAGUACAUAUGUUUGAUGCCCCCACGUCAUUCCGAGGAAGAAAGAGACUGCGUGAACAAAGUGUUUCACAUGAUGUCAAACGGCAGCGGUUUCAUUCACAUUGUCCUGAAACAGCUGUAGUUAACCAAGCAGUGCCUUUACCAGAAGGACGUAGAUACUCCUUCCCAGGAUCAGUUCAAUCUCCAUUGCUCCGUGCACAUUACAUACCAGAUUUAACUGGAUGUGUCCCUCCAUUGCGAGAUACUUUGUUUCCAGACCCUAUAGAAACUACGCUCCCUGUGGCCAAAGAUAAGUUAAGUCAGCAGGUUUUGGAUUUGUUUCAAGCAUGUCAGCAACAGACCUGUGAUUUGAACAGAAAAGAGCUCUGCAGAACAGAACUCCAGAGAGAGAUUCAGCGAAUAUUUCCACAGAGCCGACUCUAUUUGGUUGGGUCCUCACUGAAUGGGUUUGGCACUCGUAGCAGUGAUGGUGACUUGUGCCUGGUGGUUAAAGAAGAACCAGUAAAUCAGAAGACUGAAGCAAGGCAUAUACUCAGCUUAGUCCAAAAACUCUUCAGUACUAAACUUUCAAGCUACAUUGAGCGACCUCAGCUGAUUCGAGCAAAAGUGCCAAUAGUGAAGUUCAGGGAUAAAGUCAGCUGUGUGGAGUUUGACUUGAAUGUAAACAAUGUUGUAGGAAUAAGAAAUACAUUCCUUCUGAGAACCUAUGCAUACAUUGAGAAUCGAGUUCGUCCAUUAGUACUUGUUGUUAAGAAGUGGGCGAAUUUUCACGAAAUAAAUGAUGCCAGUCGUGGUACUUUAAGCAGCUAUAGUCUUGUAUUGAUGGUUUUGCACUAUUUACAGACCCUACCUGAACCCAUCCUUCCAUCCCUCCAAAAAAAUUACCCAGAAUCUUUUGAUCCUACUAUGCAGUUGCAUCUUGUUCAUCAAGCUCCAUGUACCAUUCCUCCUUACUCCUCAAAAAAUGGAUCAAGCCUUGGAGAUUUGCUAAUAGGCUUCUUCAAAUAUUAUGCCACAGAAUUUGAUUGGAGCCAUCAAAUGAUUUCAGUUCGUGAGGCCAAAGCUAUUCCAAGACCUGAUGGUACUGAAUGGAGAAACAAAUUUAUUUGUGUAGAAGAGCCGUUUGAUGGGACAAACACUGCUAGAGCUGUACAUGAAAAACAGAAGUUUGAUAUUAUCAGAGGUGAAUUUCUGAAGUCUUGGCAGGUGUUACGGGACAAGAAAGACCUGAACUGUAUAUUACCUCUAAGAGCAACCAUGAUGAUGUCUGGAUUCAAAGAUGCCUUACAAGCCCGAGAUGGAUUCUGCGGAGAGAGGAGGGCUUCUCUUUUUCUAAAAAGAGUGCUGGCUAUCUGUCUGGAGUAUGUAAAACUUCCCAACCUAGGGUAA